UGCACUUUUGCACAUGCGCAGUUGUCAAAUAAGGGGGACGUUCCAGUAUCACCAUUUGGAGUGCUCAUUUAUACACGUCAACCUGACUAUUUUAAACAUUUAUUCCGAACUUGCUAAAGCUAAAACAAAUACGUAGUGCAUCUAAACUAACAUAUAGUUUUUGGUUUUGGUUUUUUGACCCGCGUAAGGCGGCUGCUAGCUGUGUCUCCUGCAGCACUGGGAUCAUGUUUACCUCCCAAACCUCCUCCUUCCAGGAUUCAAUAGACGUGGAUGAGAGGGAUGACUUUGACAGCGAGGACAUCCCUGGCUACAGCCAGAAAAUCCAGCUCAACUGCUACUAUACCAUCUACCUUUACGAAGGCACAAGAUCUGAGGCUUCUGGGGAAAAUGUGUCAUGGAACCAGCGGAGAGCAGACUCCACAACCAGUCAGGAAGACUUUAGCCUCACACUGGUUGACAGCAGCUUGCCCUCAGAGGCAGAACCUGAGCUGCGGACUUACAUCUCCAGGAGGCUGAGCAAAGGAGCGCUGCUGGGAGGCAUGGGCAACAUCGCCACCGUGGAACUGAGUAUCCCAGAGGAGGCCGUUGGCUGCUACUGCUGUCUCGUGGAGCACGAACGGUCUCCAGAACAACCAGACGUUGAUGGAAAUGGAUACGUCAUUUGCUUCAUGGGUGGCUCUGAAAAGGGCCUGAACUUAUUCAGAUUAGAACUUGACAAAUAUGUCCAAGGCCUGCACAGCAGUCUGCAGACACCAGAGCUUCUUAACCUUGAGACAGAGGUGCGUCCCUACCUGAGCCGCUGGUUUGAGGAGUCUGUGAUGCACAUCUACAGAGUGGUGCAGCUGGUCCAGAGCAACAUCAGCUUCUUGCUGCACGCUGCUCUGAGUCAAACUCUUGUUGACGUCAUCAAUUCAGAUGAACGGACCAAAGCUGAUGUGUCCAGGUUCAUCAAAGCGGCCAGUUUGCAGGGAUUGUCCCAACAACAAGACUCCACAGCAGCCUCUCUGUGUAAAGCCAUGUCUGAGGACACACAGUCCAACCUGGUCAUUGACUGCUCCGUCAGCCCACCCACAUUUGUAAACACCGUCACUAAUCGUUUCUGUGACGGCUGGAUCCAGGCCUUUCUGAAUGCCUCAGAACACUGUAACCCCUUCCUGCUCAGACAGAUUCUGGAGAAUUUUAAGCUGAAGGCCAUUCAGGACAUGAACAGCCUGAAGCGUUUCGUGCGUCAGGCGGAGAUGAGUCACUACGCACUGUUUCGCUGCUGCCAGUUCCUCCAGGCCUGCGGGAACGGCGACGUGCUGCUGCAGAACGCCAGGGCGGAGCACAGCGACCUGCCUGAAGCCUGCAGCAUCAUCUCCGUCCUGGAGGAGUUUCUCGGCGAACUGUCCCAAGCCCAGGCCUGAUCUUAGUACUACACAGAACUCCAGUAGUCAGGUGGUCGUCCAGGGAGACGCCAGAUCUACCAGCUAGACAACUAUCACUGUAAGCCCAGCACUACAUCCCAUCUUAACACACAUUGACAGAUGAACUGAAACCAGGGGAGAUGUAGAGUUUACCAGCUGAUGAGACCAAUGUUAAAGUUAUAACUUUAACAUUGGUCCACUUCUGAAACUUCUGCUCCUUUUAUACAGAGCAGACGUUCGAUCUACAAUAGGUACUGUUAAAAAAAAAAAAACA